UAUACGGAACCCCUAGGACGAAGCUUUCUCAGCUCAUUCAGACUCCCAUCUCCUUGCGUUUGCUCUGUAUCUAUCUGAAGUGUAUUUUCUCUCUUUUUGUUUUUUUUUGGACGAAAAAUACGUUUCAGGGGAAGUGAAAUUCUCUACCUAUUUGGCAUAGGUUUUUCUUUCUAAAGGUUUUUGAGGUCAUGGGGGGAGGAUACUUCUUUUUCUGAGGUGGAGGCAAUGAUUUUAACAAAGCAAUACCGUUGCGUACACUCAUCAAGCUGUCAAUGCACAAAAGGGCAUCUAAGUGAAGAUGUAAUUUUUUUAGUCUUUCAACAACUGAACUGGAACCCUAAAUUGAUUGCCACCCUGUCGUGUACAUGUAAAUGGUUUGAUGAUUUGGCCAAGCGAGUGCUGUGGAAAGAGUUUUGUCGAGCAAGGGCUCCAAAAAUGAUGCUUGAUCUGCAAUCUAGUGGAAGUCACAGUGUCGAUGGGAAUUGGAGAGCACUUGGAAAACUGCUUAUUUACUGCUCAGGAUGUAGCAAGGGAGGUCUCUUCAAUAGCAUUCAUAUCCCUGGUCAUUUUGUUUACAGGACUCGGUUUUCUAGGACUUCAGGGAAGAGUUUUCUUUUGCCACAAUGCAGAACAGAUGUUUUGUAUGUCUCUGACCCUUGUGAACAUCUUGAUCAAGGGGAAGAAGGUGAUGUGGGAUUUUUCCGUGGAAUUUUCAAGUCAUUCUCAAUGUCAAAGGUCCGGAAGAUGCUGAUUAAAAAGGGAGCCCAGCUUCAUCCAACAGAGGUGUGCCCUUAUUGCAAGGCAAAGUUGUGGAGCAUGUUGCAAGCCAAAAUGAUACCACAGAGUGCCAGCUGCAGGUUAGGUUCCUAUGAGGAUUGUGUCGAGUAUUAUGUGUGCCUUAAUGGACAUGUGCUUGGAAUCUGCACCCUCUUACCCUUGUCUGAUUCAGAAGAGGCAUCCGAGUUGGAGUGAUAAUUGGCAUGGUAAUCAGUUGUGUGAUUGUUGGCAUGGAUUUUGCUUCUUGUGGAAUUGACAAAUGUGGACAAGACCUUUCGCAAGCUUUCUGGAGCUAUGUGAAGCUGAAACCGUCAGUCUCAUCUGAGCUUUCAACUGGGCUGCUUCUGGAUUACCAAAACUGGCUAAAAUUUUCAUGGUGAAUGGUUGGAGUUUUAAUCCUCUAUUAAUUAGUCUGAGCAUGUAAUAUCUUUGUACAUGUUAUGAAUGCCCCCAUAUGUGGAUAACAGAUUCAUCUGAUGUUUAUGAUUAAGUCGCUUUACAUGGAUGAAGUAAUUAUAAAAACUUGUAAGUAUUUCCCUAA